AUGGGUGCCGACUGGUACGGCCCCGGAAAGUCAAAGGCGGCAAGUAAAUUUCUGUCGUCUUGCGCAGGUUUGUCUGCCGCGACUACUCCUGUAGCCUAUACUCGUGCUUGGGAUGACGGCGCGGACCAGGAGACGGAUGCCCGCGGCGGUGCUACGACGACUUGCGACACCCCCAGCGCCGAUGGGUGUCGUGAUGGCUGCUGCGACGGCCAUGUCAAUGAUGCCAACGGACAUAUCUCCAAGGAUGGCAGCGGCAGAGCUUCUCUGCAAUCCGAUUCCACCAACUGUUGCGGCGCCGAAGAGCAGUGCCAUGAAAAAUGCAUUGCAGUCGUCGCUGCCAUGGAAUGUGAGAAAGCUUGCGUCGAAGACGCGGACGAGCAUGGGCAACCACGUGAUUCGGCCUGCAGCAGCCACCUUCGCAGUGCCUUCGAACGCUACGCUGCUUAUAUUGCCCAGGCUCGUUGCAUCUGCCGCACCGUCCUGGAGCGGCCUCUCUUCUACAUGCUGCACCAAGCCAAGAAGAACGCCACGAAAAUCAACACUGCUACGACUAUCAAAAAGAAAUCUGCUACUCUCGCCCUCAGUGGUGGGAAAUCCCGCUACACUAUUACCUCCAAGACCUCGAAAAAGAUGCACCACAAACAUUCUUCCUCCGAUGCCCUCGUUGACGAGCUGACGAUUAAGUCUGGCUCGACUGAGCCUGACAAAUCGGGCUGCUGUGGCGGCUCCGAUCAUCAUCAUGCCGCCAACCCCACUCCGCUUCGACCUACAACACCCCAACCUGCCUGGUCCAGGGUCCGAGAAGAAGUGAACGACGACGCCGAAUAUGAUACUGGCGGCACUGAGGCUGUCGCCAUCUUCAUCGCCGGGAUGACUUGCGCCGGGUGCGCGGAAAAAAUGGCCCGCGCCCUGAAGUCCACCCCUGGCGUAUCUCAAGUCCGGGUCAACUUCGUCAUGAGCAAAGCCGACUUCUCCGUGGAUCGGACCAUUACCACACCUGACCAUGUUAUUCGUGCCGUCGAGGGUGCCACUGGUUUCCGCUGUACUCGAAUCGCUGGCGACGGCGACCACACCCUCGACGUCUUGGCAUCGCGCGAUGCCGUUUCAGAGCUGCUGAGCAACCCGGCCCAUGGUGUGACCGGUGUCACCGUCGCGAACAAGGGGGUUAGGCUCCACGACCAAACCAUCAAGACGGUAAUGGCCGCCGUGCUGACCAUCCCCGUCGUCGUCCUGGCGUGGGGUGAUACUUUGGCCGACGAAAAGACCAAGGCACAUGUCUGGCUUGUUCUCGCUUCUCUCGUCCAGCUCAUCGCCGUUCCCGAGUUCUACCGCCCCGCCAUCUCAGCACUUGUUCAUCUCCAUGUGCUCGAGAUGGACAUGCUCGUUGUCAUCAGCAUCACUGCUGCGUUCCUAUACUCGGUCGUCGCUUACGGGUUCCGCGUCGCCGACCAGCCCCUAGAGACAUCGGAAUUCUUCGAGACGAGCACUCUACUCAUCACCCUGAUCCUCCUCGGUCGCCUCAUCGCCACGUAUGCCCGCGUCAAGGCCGUCUCGGCCGUCUCCGUGCGGUCUAUGCAGGCGAACACCGCCGUCCUGGUCGAGAAGGAGGGUGGGCAGGACCGAGAGAUUGACGCCCGCCUGCUCCAGUGCGGGGACGAAUUCAAAAUCCUACCGCACACUCGCGUCCCGACGGACGGGGUCGUCAUUAGCGGGUCGUCCGAAUUCGACGAGUCCAUGCUCACCGGCGAACCUAUCCCGGCCCCCAAGCGGCCACAGGACCACGUCAUUGCCGGAACGGUCAACGGCGAUGGCACCAUUGUGGCGAAGCUCACACGCCUCCCGGGUAAGAAUACGGUCACCGACAUCGCCGCAAUGGUCGAGGAAGCCGCCAACUCAAAGCGUCGUUUCCAGGACGUGGCGAAUAGGGUCGCCAGCUGGUUUGUCCCCGUCGUGACCGUCGUCUCCCUCAUCGCCUUCGUCGUUUGGGUUUUGGUGGGCCUUAAGGGUCGGAACUGGCCUACAAGCAGAUCUGUGGUGAAUGCCCUCACGUACUGGGUAGCCAUCCUCGCGGUUUCCUGCCCUUGCGCUCUCGGUUUGGCUGUACCCAUGGUUCUCGUUAUUGCUGGAGGCAUUGCUGCGCGGGGAGGCGUCGUCAUCAAGUCGGCCGAUUGUACUGAACGGGUGCGCAAAUGCACGGAUGUGAUCUUUGACAAGACCGGCGCCAUCACGGAAGGGAAAUUGGACGCCAUGGUCGAAGAAAUCGUCACAUCCGACCGAGAAGGAGCCCUAGCCAUCGCCAAGGCACUUGUCGCCGGCGGGAAGCACCCUGUUUCGGCUGCCCUGGACAAGCACCUCGCAAGCCAUUCUGUAGAGGCUCUGUCCGGCGUUGAAGACAUCCGCGUCGUUGCUGGUUGCGGGGUCGAGGCAAGCCUCAACGGCAGAAUCGCGCCGGAUCAGGGCCUAACGAUCCUGGUGAUCACAAGCGACGGUAACCCCCUAGCAGUCUUUGGAUUCCGAACGCUUCUCCGUCCCGAAGCGGCUCACGUCAUUGGUGCCCUCCAAGCCCGAAAUAUCACAGUGCACCUCGUCUCGGGUGAUCAGACUCGAGCUGUCCAGGCGGUAGCCGCAGCGGUGGGCAUCCCGCUCGAGAACGUCGCCGCCGAGCGCUCGCCGGGAGAGAAGCGCGACUACGCGGCCUCCGUCAUGGAAGGCCCCAAGAAGUACGUCCUGUUCUGUGGCGACGGCACCAACGACGCCGUGGCGGUCGCGCAGGCGCACACGGGAGUCCAGGGCGCCGCUGACGUGGUGCUCCUGGCCGGGCUUGGAGGUAUCCCUUUUCUUCUCGAUGUCAGUCGGGCGGCGUUCAACCGCAUGGUUUUCAAUUUCGUCUGGUCUGCCGUGUACAAUGUGGUCGCCAUCCUCAUGGCGGGCGGGGCCUUCGUCUACGUCCGCAUACCACCCGCGUACGCCGGACUGGGGGAGAUUGUUAGCAUUCUUCCGGUCAUCUUUGCGGCUUUGUCUAUGCUGCUUCUCAAUCUUCGCCAGAAAGCUUAG